CCCCUUGUUGUGUCACACCUUAUUCCAUCAAUUGGUAUCAGAGCUCCGGGCUCUGAAUAUACAGAACACUUAACCGUGUUAGAGUUAAUCGAUCAAACAGGAAAUGGCUGAUACAAAGUUUAUAGCUGAAGGAGGAUCAUCACAUAGGCCUCCUUACUUUAAUGGUUCUGACUACUACUACUGGAAAGGUAAGAUGAGAUUGUUUCUACUAUCUCAAGAUAAUAACAUGUGGUCUGUGGUUGAAAAUGGAAACUACACACCAAUGACUACUGCAACAGACACAGUUGCGUCAGUUCCAAAAAUUCAGUCACAAUGGACAAAAGAAGAAAACGACAAGGUACUACUAAACUCUAAAGCUCAAUUUAUAUUAUCAUGUGCUCUUAGCAGGGAAGAAUACGACAGGAUAGAAGAAUGCACAACUGCCAAAGAAAUCUGGGAUGCUCUCAAAAUACAUCAUGAAGGAACAAAUCAUGUUAAAGAAGAAAGAAUUGAUCUAGGAGUCAGGAAAUUUGAAACCUUUGAAAUGAAGGAAGAAGAAACCAUAGACGAAAUGUUCUCUAGAUUCACCAUAAUUGUCAAUGAACUAAGAUCACUGGGAAAAGCUUAUUCUGCUCAUGAAAGAAUUAGAAAAAUUCUAAGAUGUCUCCCAAAGAUUUGGAGACCUAUGGUAACAGCUAUCUCACAAGCAAAAGAUCUAAAGAUUCUACAAGUUGAAGAACUUAUAGGAUCUCUUCGUGCUCAUGAAAGUAUUCUCAAUGAAGAUAAACCACAAAGAAAAGGUAAAAUGAUAGCUCUUAAAACUUCUCUUAAUUCUGCAUCUCAAAUCUCCACCUCACAAGGAAUACUUGAAGAAGAGACCGGAUUUCUAUCUGAGGAUGAAAAUGAUUUGGCUUUAAUCUCUAGAAGAAUUCAACAAAUGAUUUUAAAAAGAAAUCAAAACAGAAAGUCAUUUCAACCCAGGAAAGAUUACCAGAAACCUGAGAUUGAUAAAAGCAAGAUUACAUGUUAUGGAUGCAACAAACUUGGACACUUCAAAACAGAAUGCCCACUCAAAACUCAUAGGAAUUUUUCCUCUAAAAAGAAAUCUAUGCUUGCACAAUGGGAUGACUCAGAGAACUCUAACUCUGAAGAUGAUGAUGAGGAAGCUAACUUAUGCCUAAUGACUAACUCCGAUUCUGAAGAGGUAAGUACACUAAACUCCUGUUAUACUUGCAAAGAAUUAGGAAUUUUAUUUGACAACCUUUUAGAAGAUUCAAAUAUCUUAACUCAAAAAUGCUUAUUUCAAAAAGAACAAAUUCAUACUCUUAGAACUGAAAAAGAAGAUCUAACAAAAUCCAACUUAAAACAUUUAGAAACCAUUAAGGAGUUACAAAAGGCAUAUUCUUAUCUGUCAUUACAUCAGAAAGUUAUUAAUGAAAAAAUCAAACCUCUUAACAAUCAAAAUAAAAUUGGAAGUCUUGAAAAUCAAGUAGAAACUCUCACUAAAGAUAUAACCUCCUUUGUAAAAUCUACUGAAACAUUUCAAAAAAUAAUGGGAUCUCAAUCAGGGGUAUUUGAUAAAGCUGGAUUAGAAUUUAAACAAUCUGAAAAUCAAAUGAUUUAUGAGAACUUUUUUCUUCCAAAUAAAAAUAGAACCAAGACCCAAACAAAAGAAAAAACUAUUUUACAGGAGAAAAACAUUAUCAAACCAAAAUGUUGUUAUUGUAAGAAAACCAAUCAUCUUGAGAAACAUUGUUAUUUCAAAAAGAAAACCAAUAUAUCAAAUGAUCAUGCUUCUAACAACAAAGGACCCAAAGAAAUAUGGGUACCUAAAAGAUUACUAACACAUAAUGCAGGAAUGUCUUCUGACCAUCAAGAAAAAGCCUUGGUACUUGGACAGUGGCUGCUCAAGGCAUAUGACUGGAGAUAG